AUGUCGGAGAAGGCCCAGAACCCCAUGCGGGAGCUCCGCAUCCAGAAGCUCGUCCUGAACAUCUCGGUUGGUGAAUCUGGCGACAGAUUGACCCGUGCCGCCAAGGUGUUGGAGCAGCUGAGCGGUCAGACUCCUGUCUACAGCAAGGCCCGAUACACUGUCCGAACCUUCGGUAUCCGACGUAACGAAAAGAUUGCCGUACACGUCACCGUCCGUGGCCCCAAGGCCGAGGAGAUUCUGGAGCGUGGCCUCAAGGUCAAGGAAUACGAGCUGCGCAAGCGCAACUUCAGCGAGACUGGCAACUUUGGCUUCGGCAUCAGCGAACACAUCGAUCUCGGCAUCAAGUACGACCCCGCGAUUGGUAUCUACGGCAUGGACUUCUAUUGCUGCAUGACCCGACCCGGUGAGCGUGUCUCGCGCCGCCGACGAUGCAAGAGCAGAAUUGGCGCUCAACAUCGCAUCGACCGUGGCGAGACCGUCAAAUGGUUCAAGCAGCGCUUCGAUGGCAUCGUCCGAUAA